AUUAAUAUACAAUGCCACGAAUUCAGGCCUAAUUCUUGUUUAGUAAAAAACAGACCACGUCUCUCUGAUCUGGAGAAAUGUUAAAAACAGUCUUCUCAAUUCGAACUCAUAUUGUGAGAUCUUCAGAUAGAAUUUGUAGAAGACGUUUUUCAGCCCAUUUUAAGGAACAGAAUGCAUAUAAUUUGGCUAUAAAUGAUGAACAAAAGGAAAAAUUAGUUAAUAGCUAUAAAUCAAUUGAGGAUCAACUGUUCGAAGCCCUGAAAAAUGAAAAUAAUACUAUUUCAAUACGAAAAUUUAUUUCAGCUUUAGAGUCGGCUGGACUUAAAGAUGAUGAUCCAAGAUUGAAAGAGUGUUUCAAGAAAAUAUCUGAGUUACAAUCUUCAACAAAUCCUAAGAAGAGACAAUUGUUAAAAAAUGGUCUGACAAAGGAGGCUUUUACAGAAUGUGUUAAAGAAAAUAUCAUGUUAAUUAGAAGGGUAUUUGCAAGUGAACUGGUUAUUCCAGAAUUUUCUGAAUUUAUUGAUAAUGUGGAGGAAAUAUAUUAUAACACAAGAGCUAUACGACAAGGAAAGGUUUCAGACUAUAUACCUCAAUUAAAAAAAGUUGAUCCCAAUAUUUGGGGCGUCUCUUUAUGUACAACUGAUGGGCAGAGACACUCUAUUGGAGAUGCUAAACAGCCAUUUUGUUUACAAGCAAUAAGUAAACCUCUGAAUUAUGCAAUUGCAUUAAACGACGUGGGACCUGAAAAAGUCCAUCGUUAUAUUGGUCACGAACCGAGCGGUGAAAGCUCCAAUGAAAUAAAACUAGGUAUAAACAAUAAACCUCACAAUCCAAUGAUAAAUGCUGGUGCCAUAGUAAAUGUGUCUCUCUUAAAAACUAACAUGAGCAUCGCUGGAAGAUUUGAUUACAUUACUCAAGAAUAUAAGAGAUUAUCGGGGAAUGGAUUUCUAAGCUUUAAUAAUCCCUCAUUUCUGUCGGAAAGAGAAACGUCGUAUAGAAAUUACGCUCUCGGCCAUUAUCUUAGGGAAAAUAAAUGUUUCCCCGAGAAUAUAAAUCUCAGUGAAACUCUUGACUUAUACUUUCAGCUUUGUUCCUCUGAAGUAACCUGUGAAAGUGCGUCCAUCAUUGCCGCUACUUUAGCAAAUGCUGGAAUUUGUCCUAUUACCGGAGAUAAAAUUUUGAGUACAGUCUCAGUUCAAAAUACUCUUUCAUUAAUGCAUUCCUGUGGUAUGUAUGACUACAGUGGACAAUGGGCCUUUCAUAUUGGGCUUCCUGCCAAAGCUAGUAUAGCUGGAGCAAUUCUUAUUGUUGUCCCUAAUGUGAUGGGCAUAGCUCUAUUGUCUCCACGGCUAGAUUGCCAUGGAAAUAGCGUAAGAGGAGUUGAGUUCUCGAAAGAACUCAUAAAGCUUUUUAAUUUCCACAACUAUGACAGUCUCAACCAAAUUGACAGGAAAGCGAAUCCUAGAAGACAUCAUCACGAAAGAAAAGGUCAGCAGACAGUAACCCUACUUUUUGGAUCUUAUAAAGGAGAUGUAUCAGCAUUAACAAGGCAAUAUCUAUUAGAUAUAGACAUGAAUCAAGCUGAUUACGAUGGAAGAACUGCUUUACACAUUGCUGCUGCAGAGGGUCAUAUUGAAUGCGUUGAAUUUCUAGUUAACAUUUGUAAAGUUGAUCUGAUGCCCAAAGACAGAUGGGGAUUUACACCUCUCGAUGAUGCUAUAAAAUUCAAGAAAUCUGAAGUUAGGAAUUUUUUAGAAGCGAAAUGUGAAGAAUUAAAUUACAGUUUUAGCAAUAAGUGA